CAACGCGCGGUUCACCUCUUCGAACCAAUUUCGCUUUCUCUCCGUCGCUUCUUAACGAAUUUUCUUAUUGCAGCAAAGUCAACAUUGCUGUCGAUCGAUAUCGCGAUCUUUUGAUAGCCUUUUGUAUACCGGUGUGAUGAAGUGGAUGAAACAAAGUUGAGAAUUUUUUUUUUUUUUUUUUUUGAAAAUAGUGAUUUUGAAAAUGAAACACAUCUGGGGGUUGUUUAUUGUUGGCUUGGCAGUACUCGCCAUCACCGAGGCGAAACGGCACCAUUCGAGAAGAACGACAAGUACAACGACAGAAGGGAGUACGACAGUGGAAUCAUCGACGAAUGCGACAACCUCGAUGUUCCAGGAUUCGACCUUGAGUCUGGUGAUAUCAACGGUUCCAACGAAUGCGAGUGAGGCGAAGAACAAAACGAGUGGCAAGGGAAGCUCCCACGGGUCGACGACAGCCGCGCCGUCGAGUGCGACAUCUAAAAGUGUCAAAACUACCGCGAGCCCAUCGAACGGUACGACGCAUUCUGGGAACACGACAUCAUCCAUUUCCACGACGACUCCGAAACCAGGGAAGGUGACGAAGCGUCCAUCCAAGUCUUGGAGAAGAAAAUCGAAGUCAAAGAGCACACCGUCAACUUCGACAACCCCAAAGCCAACUGCCGCCUCUUCGACAACGAAUUCCACAAACAGUACGAAAGCUUCAGGAAAAAGUUCCACGCCGACGACAAAUCAUCACGCGACGACGACCGCGCCGCCGAAAACGGCGUCAGCGAACGCUACCAACUCGGCGAACACCUCGACGACUGUCGUCCCACUUGUAACAACAAAUAAUACGGAAAGUACGAAGCACGCACAUGAAUCAUCCAAGAGUCCGCAUAAAACAACGAAAAGUAGUGUCGCCUCGACGACACCGCAACCUUCCUCCGCGUCAAAACACGCCAGCAAAAAUACGACCGCAACAACCGUUGCCAAAACAACUACCGCCAAAUCUAAUCACAGCAUGCACGCUACGACAGCAUCACCGAAGACGACAUCUCCGGUGAAUAGUACUACAGCACAUUCCAACGUCACCACUCAUCCAGCGAAUCAUACCGCAACGACGAAACCCUCCGCCGGAAGUACGAGCCCCAAACCCACCACGAUAAAGCCAUCGAAGGUCACGAAGCCGAGUAAAGUGCCAAUGGAAACAACGAUCCCGAAACCUGUGACUGUCCGACCUACCGCAUCCAUGAACGUCACCAGCCGCAGUAACAGCACUACGAUCCAUGCGAAUGCAACGACGCCUCAUCCAAACGUAACUACCAAACAUGUCACCACCCCGAAGAGUGCUCUUCAUCAUGCAACGACCCCUGCCCAUUUGCCAACGGGCACAACCAUAAAAUCAGCAAAUAACACAGUGGGGAAACCAACGACCAAUUCGACAGCCAAAACCUCUUCUCUCACGACGACAACUCCACACCCGAGCGUUCUCAAAGGAACAACGAAGAAACCAUCUUUCCUCGAAACACUGAAACACCUGACACACUUGGGAAGUCAUGGAACAACCAAACAUCCGCCUGCUUCGAAUUCAACCGACAAAAGUAAUCAGACGCUGCCUGGUACAAAGGCCACGACUGUUCCAAUAUCAACGACCGCUUACACCAUGCCAAAAUUCAGUUACGUCGUUAACGAUAGGAAGACCGGUGUGCCUUGCAUACUUUCGAAAAUGUCUAUCAGCAUGUCGAUAUCGUACGAGAAAUCCGACAACGCGAUAGCGGAUGGUACUAUGGUGGUGCCGAAUAACGCGUUGACCGAUGGUACCUGCACCGAGGAAACUACGGAGAUGAAGCUCAUGUGGAGUGCACCGAGGAGGCGGAAGCGUGAUUCAGGGCACAACGGACUCAACACGGUGAUUCUCAAUUUCGUGAAAAACGGUAAAGUCUCUUCACUCGACAGUAUGAUCUUCGAAUUCUUUUUGGACCCGGUGCAUUUCCCUGGCGCAGUUGAGAAAGUUCUGAAGAGGAACACGACCAAGGGCCUGGGACUUUUCGCAUCAACGCCCAACACGGGACAUUACAUCUGUGAGGACGAGAUCUCCAUCAGCGCAAGUAACGUGAAAAUCACGAUAGCAGACGUAUCUCUAAUCGCUUUCAACAAGGACAAGAAUCUGAAUUCAAAGAAAGACACUUUGUUUUUGUCAUUAGUCGAAAAAUGCACACACAAAGUGAGCUUCAAGAAAAUCGCGGUGAUCGGUGGAGCCGUUGGUAUCGUCCUCCUGGUUACCGCUCUGGGAGCUUGCAUCUGGCGAAGUAAAACGCGCCGAGACAAUUCAACGCUUCCUUGAACGAGAGGAGCAGGAGCCUGAAAACCUUUGAAAGCAGGAAAACGAGUUAGCGCAGUGUGAUCUUUUUUGUAAAUAAAGAAAUUUUGAUGAUGGGGUUUUAUUGGAAGAUUUAUGAAGGUGAAACACACACACACACACUUCGCAAUGUCAAGGCCACACUUCCGAGUGAAAGAUGACAUUAUUUAGUUAAUUUAACGAUGAAUAUUUAUCUAGGUGCCAUGCAUUGAUAAUAAUGUAGAAAAAGGGGGGGGGGGGUGCAAUCGUUCUAUGGAAACCAACGAUUGUUUGGCUGAAAGGAAACUUUCGUUCAUAAAAAACUAGAAAUCGUUGAUAAAUGAGUCUCGAAGCGCGUAGGCCUGGGAAUUCGUUCCUUCGAGAAUAGCCGCUGUUUGACGAAAAAUUCAGGGACUGAUGGAAUACUGACCCUCGCACGUGGAUGUAUAAGCGUCACGGGUAUGCGCCCAAUUAGCCUGUUACUCCUGUAAAAUCGAGCAUUUAUCGGGCGUCAUCUGGUCGAUCCCCGUGUGAAACUCUCUGCAUCCCCCCCUCAAAGCUUUCCAUAGCUUAUACGAAUUAAUUACUGAAAUAAAGUAGUCCCCGUAGCUUGUAACACGAUGUAAUAAUUCAAUCCACGUCUACGAUCAAUUAAUCUUACGCUUUACUUUAUUCCGUGCAACGCAAGUUCAAAUAAAAUUAGCCAAUUGGUUUGUCUCAAUAAACUGUAACGACAGGCACAGCAAUCGUUCAUUUUGAAUAAAUUACGUUUCGCAAUGA